AUCAAUCCUCAUUGCCACGUCUCUUCAGGGCAGCAGCGUUUACAGCGGCCGUCGCGGCUACAGAGCGACGCGAAGUGAAUUGGGAGGGCUGCGCUGCGCCCCCUCCCCAGCCUGGCGGGCUCCCCAGCCUGGCGGGCUGGCGGUGAAGGCACCCGCUCAUGGUGCUGUUGGAGAGGCGAACUGGGAAAUCUUUCACGUUGUUACAUAAGUAUCAGGGCAAAAGCUGCCAAAGGUGGAAGAGGUGGAUUGCUUCCUGGUCAUGCCCGGUGGAAGGAGGGGACCCAGCCGGCAGCAGCUAAGCCGUUCAGCUUUGCCUUCUCUUCAGACGUUGGUGGGUGGAAACUGUGGCAACGGCACUGGUCUGAGAAAUAGGAAUGGUAGUGCUCUCAGCCUCUCUGCUCCUCCUAUUACUGCCCUGAUUACUCCUGAGCCUGUGAGACACUGCCGAAUCCCAGAACUCCCUGUGGAUGGAAACCUUCUGUUUGAGUUCCUCUUUUUCAUCUACUUGCUGGUGUCUCUUUUCAUUCAAUAUAUUAAUAUUUACAAGACCGUCUGGUGGUAUCCUUAUAACCACCCUGCCUCCUGUACAUCACUGAACUUUCACCUCAUCGAUUACCACCUGGCUGCAUUCAUCACAGUGAUGUUGGCACGGAGGCUAGUGUGGGCCCUCAUCUCUGAGGCCUCGCAGGUGGGUACUUCAUCAAUGAUUCACGAUAUGGCAUUGAUUCUGGGACGCCUAGUUCUACUCACCCUUUGUGUAUGGGUGCUCUGCUGGACUCUGGUCAACCUCUUCCGUAGCCAUUCUGUCCUCAAUCUCCUCUUUCUGGGCUACCCGUUUGGUGUCUAUGUUCCAUUGUGCUGCUUCCACCAGGAUAGUAGAACUCAGCCUCUUUCAACAGACUGCAGCUAUUUAGUGCAGGAUCAACUAGUGGAUGAUGGUGCCUCGGGGGUUGGCAGUCUUGUGAAGCCCAAAGAUUUAUUUUCUCUCCUGAGAGAAUCUGUCAAAGAACAGUUCAACCCCUCUAUGACCACUCCAACGCACAGCUGUCCCUUGUCCCCAGAUCUCAUUCGCAAUGAAGUGGAGGGCCUCAAAGCAGACUUUAACCGCCGAAUCAAGGAAGUUCUGUUCAAUUCCCUCUUCAGUGCCUACUAUGUGGCAUUUUUGCCACUGUGCUUUGUGAAGAGCACUCAGUAUUAUGAUAUGCGCUGGUCAUGUGAGCACCUCAUCAUGGUUUGGAUAAAUGCUUUUGUCAUGCUCACCACACAACUGCUUCCUCCCAAGUAUUGUGACUUGCUACACAGAUCAGCUGCUCACUUGGGCAAGUGGCAGAAGCUGGAACAUGGUUCAUACAGUAAUGCCCCUCAACACAUCUGGUCUGAGAGCACAAUAUGGCCGCAAGGGGUACUGGUACGGCAUAGUCGAUGCUUAUAUAAAGCAGUGGGACCUUAUAAUGUAGCAAUACCUUCAGAUGUCUCCCAUGCUCGCUUUUAUUUCCUCUUCCACCAUCCAUUACGGCUCCUCAAUCUGCUGAUUCUCAUAGAAGGCAGUGUGGUCUGUUAUCAACUCUACUCCCUGCUUCGCUCAGAAAAAUGGAACCAUACGCUCUCCAUGGCCCUGAUACUCUUCUGCAACUACUAUGUCUUAUUUAAACUCCUGAGGGACCGAAUAGUAUUGGGCAAGGCAUACUCUUAUCCACUCAACAGCUAUGGGUUAAAAGCCCAUUAGUCAUCUGAGGAAGGGAAGGAUAUUUUCAUACAGUUAUAUUUUUUUUCCUUGCAACUGUUUAUAAAUAUUUAAAAAAAUA